AAGAUACUUUCCGGAACCAACAGUGGGCCCGAAUAUACUUGUCAUUAACGGUCACCGAACUGAACCGUCCGGUUCGGUUCAUAAGUGCUCCAUUCAAUACGUUAAAACAAACGAACAAUCCGGCCGGUCGAAAUGGAUUGGCAAAACGAUUUCCUUCUCUACUUCUUCAGCUUAUAGUUUCCACAGAGACAAUGUUAUUGCUCCAAUAUCUAAAACAACAAUGGCUUCUCUGCAAGAAUUGCUCACUCGAGAAGGAUUUGAGGGCACUAAUUACCCCAAAACCCGCAAACCCUCGAGGCCCAGAGGAAGAAGAAGAACGCCCGCCGAUGGUUCUGUAACUCUGCCCAUAUACAUAUGCCACGACAAGAAAUUCAUCGAUUCUUCGAAGAAGAAGGCCGAUAAAGCUUUUGUGCGAAAUGGUUCUUCGGUGUAUUCCUCGAAACGGGUGGGUUCGGUCUCGGAGAGCUCGCUCUGUAAAUCAAUGGAGGAGCCCGCCAUUGAUGACAUUGCUAUUCGAGCUGUUGUGUCGAUUCUUAGUGGGUAUGUGGGGAGUUACGCGAAGGACGAGAUUUUUAGGGAAACGGUGAGAAAGAAGUGCAAUCUGUGCUUGGUGCGGAGCGGGGAAAUGGGGGUUGGGAUUUGCAGUAAUUUGGAGAUGGGUAUGAAGAGUGUUGACAGAUUGGUGGAAGAAGGCCAUGGAAAUGAGAAGGAAUUGAGAGUUAAAGCUUCGAGAAAUUCUAUUGGACUUCUGAAUAUGGUGGUUGCUUCUUUGAAUUCUGUUAGGUCCAUGGAAAAUGGUUCUUCUGAUCUCUCUGCCUGUGCUAAGCUCUACUUGGCGAUUGUGUACAAGAUAGAGAAGAAUGAGAAGAUUUCUGCUAAGCAUCUUCUUCAAGUGUUUUGUGAUUCUCCAUUUCUUGCGAGAACCCAUCUUCUGCCAGAGCUUUGGGAGCAUUUUUUUCUUCCCCAUCUCCUCCAUUUGAAGGUUUGGUACAGUCAGGAGCUUGAAUUUGUGUCAAACGUGGAAUGUGAACAUAAGGACAGGAGAAUCAAGGCCUUGAGUAAGGUCUAUAAUGAGCAUAUGGAUAGGGGAACUGUUCAGUUUGCUUUGUAUUAUAUACAGUGGCUCAAAGAUGGAGCCAAAGCUCCUCCUGUUCCUGUUGUGCCUUCACCUUCAAAGUCCAUCCAUGGAGCUUCGAGGAGAUCGUCGGAUUCUUACUUUUCGCAGUCUUCCUCGAAUAAGAAUUUAUAUCAUGCUGUCUUUGGUCCAAGUCUUGAGGAGCAAGUGAUAGAGUUGAGGAGCGGAAAUAUGGCUGCAGCCAAGACAAGGAGUUCAAACGAAAAGGAAAUCUUAUUUGCAGAAAAGAACUACGAAAGUAGUGCUUCUGUUCAUGAAGAACUUAGCAACCAUAGAAUGUCAUCGGUCUUGGAUUACAGGCAUCAAAAUGCUGACUCGUGGCGCGAGACUGUAAAAUCUGACUAUUUACGAUUCUUUACAUGUCAGAAUGUAGCAAAAGAAUACUUGGAAAACAGUAAUGUGAUUACCAGAAACAGUGCUGUUCGAGUAGAUGGAAAAAGCCAUCUUCUUUCUAAUGAUUUGAGCAGGGCCAUAAGCACAAUCUGCUCCUCAGAUAUCUUGAGUGAGUGCGAGAUAGCCAUUCGUGUGGUAACCAAAGCUUGGUUGGAUGCUCAUGGCGACACUGCCAUUGAGGUUGCGUUAUCGAAGCCACCGGUUGUCGAGGGAAUGUUGGAGGUUUUGUUAGCUUCCGAUGAUGAUGAGAUUUUAGAAUUGGUGAUUUCGGUUUUAGCAGAACUUGCUGCAAGGGACGAGGUUAUUCGGCAGAUGAUAUUGAACUCUGAUCCACAGCUUCAAGUGUUUCUUAAACUCUUGAAAAGUAGUAGUCUAUUCCUGAAAGCAUCAAUUCUACUCUACCUAUCAAAACCACAGGCAAAGCAGAUGAUUUCGGUCGAAUGGUUACCGCUGGUCCUUAGAGUAUUGGAAUUUGGAGGCCAGUUACAGACGUUAUUCUCGGUACGGUGCAAGCCUCACGAAGCAGCAUUUUACCUUCUAGACCAACUCCUGAAAGGGUUUGAUGAAGACAGGAACUUAGAGAAUUGUAGACACUUGAUUGCUCUUGGGGGAUUAAGUCUGCUGCUGAGAAGGUUGGAGAGAGGUGAGAUUGAAGAGAGGAAGAAUGCCGUUUCGAUAAUUUCGUGCUGCAUUCAAGCUGAUGGAAGCUGUCGAAACUACUUGGUUGAUAAUCUGAACAAGACUUCACUUCUUGAACUCAUUGUUCAUGAAAGCAAUAAAAGCUCUGACAGGUGUGGUCUGGCUUUACUAGUGGAUCUACUCUGCCUUAGCCGAAGAACAAGGAUCACUAGACUCUUGGAUGGACUUAAAGAAGGAUGGAGUGGAUUGGGAAUCAUGAACAUUUUGUCGGUCUAUCUUCAGCGAGCGCUUCCCGAGGAGCAGCCCUUAGUUGCAGCAAUACUUUUGCAGCUUGAUUUCAUGGAAGAUACCCAGAAUUGCAGCAUAUACCGAGAAGAGGCCAUUGUGACGAUUAUAACCGCCUUGAAAUCUCGAAUUUCUCGAGAAGAGGUACAGGAAAAUUUGGCUAGAGCUCUCCUGAUUUUGGGAGGUCGGUUUUUGUAUACCGGAGAACCAAGUGCAGAAAAUUGGCUUUUACUACGAGCAGGCUUCAAAGAGAGCUCUGAGGAUUCGUUCCAUAGCAAGCAUGUUUAUGACGACUUCGUGCAAUCGUAUGAAGAGGAGGAAGAUGUGGAGAAUUGGCAGUUGAAAGCUGCAACUGUGCUUUUCAACCAUGGACACAAGAGUUUAUUGUCUGCCCUCUCAAUUUCGUUGUCGAGUUCUAUCCCAAGCCUAGCAAAAGCAAGUCUUGUUACGGUUUCAUGGAUGAGCACUUACCUGUUUGUUGUUAGAGAUGAGAAGUUACAGUUGAUAACACCCUCGAUUCUAGUACCGCCUUUGAUAAAAUACUUGAAUUACGAUAAAGAUGUCGAGGACCGAGUACUCGCAUCAUAUUCAUUGCUUAAUCUCAGCAAGUAUACAGAAUGCAAGCACAUUUUUCGAUUGUUCGACGAAGAAGUUCUAGAUCGUCUUCAAAACCUUUCUCUAGUUACAUGGACAGCGGAAGAGCUUGUCUUGAUCGUUAGAAGCGGAUCAGCACAUCAGUAUACCAAGCGAGAGAAUUCAUACACUCAAAGAAGCAGAAGAAUAUGAUUGAUCAGGUCUCUUUCUUUUUCGCCGUGGACAUUUCCUGCUCAUCAAGAUGAUUAUAUAUAUAUAUAUAUUCUUUUUUCUUUCUUUGUUCGAUUGCUAUAUUUCGAGCUUUUACGUGUAUUUCGAGUUACAUUUUCGACCUCCAAUCCUUUUGUACAUAGGAAGGUGUGAUGCAAAAGCCAUUGGUAAUGUUAAAAAUAGAAAAAAAAAUAUUGAAAUUUGAAGCUGAAGCCGAUGUUUAUUAAA